AAAAAGAAAGUGUGUUGAAAACGAAGGGUGGGAGAUUCAUACGAUCGGAGGUGUUGGGUGUAAUGCGAGGCAAAGUGGGCGCAGCAAUCCAUAAGCAUAAACCCACAUUGAAAUUGUUGCUUGCUGUGCUUCUUGAACCCUCUUCUUUUUCGCGUCGUCAACAUGAAUUUCAAGCCCUCUCCCGCUCGUACUCAUCAUCAACUCUCGCUGCUCUCUUCCAGAUUACCUGAUUCUCUUAGCUUAAUAUGCUUCAACCUUGAUGUCAGCGAUUUUGAUUCGCCUGCCAUUCCCUUCUUUUCCAUGUCACACACAUGAGAACCAUUUAACCGGUUCUCCCCCAUGCAGACAUUUUCAAGUUAUCUUAUUCUUGAGGGAGAUAUAGAAAGAAAAAAACAGUUGUGAAUGUCUGGAUGCAAUAAAUCUCCAAAAAGUGAUCAACAUUCGAUCAAAUAUAAGCGGAAUCAACAUGGGGGAAGUCUUUCCCGUGUGAAUCAUAAGCCUUCUGUUUCCAAUAGUGAGAAUAAGCAGUGCUACACGAGUUCUGAGCCAAAGCCGAAGCACCCUCAGAUACUGAGCACCGCUCAGCUCAUCUCUGCAGUAGGACAGAUAUGGGAUUCUGCAAGUUGCCCAUUGUCAGUUUUGCUCCGCAAGGAAAAUGUGAAUCAAGAUGAUAAAGGGUUCCCGAUAAAGAAUAUUCCUGAUGGCAUUCAUGUGGAAAGGAAUGGAGGGGUAUGUAGCUCAACUAACACUAAUUACUUUCAUGUUAAUGUGGGAGCUACAGCAUAUGGUUCACAGAUUUUGCAGGAAAAAUUAGAUUUCCCUACGGUAACACAAAAGGCAUUGGUGCUUCAGUCACGUAAUGGACGUCAAGAGCAUAUUGGUUCUUUGUUCCAGAGAUUUAUGCAGGCCACUGAUAACAGUUUAAACGAAUAUCGGAAAGAAACAAAACUUGGGACUGAGAAAAUCUCAUUUCAAUCCCGAAAUGUUUAUUGGUGGAUGAGUAGGGAUGCACCUAAAGGACUUAAAUACCACGUGAAGGCUACAGAUCUUGGGAACAAGAAAAAUAAUUUCCCAGUGGGUGGGGACUGCAUUUCAACAGAUACAAGCACCUUGGCGGUGGCUAAUGAGAGUGAUGUUUACAAUCCUGAUUUAGUUUUAGAUGAAGAUCUACCAUUAUCCAGUGGUACAGCUACGGACAGAGAAAAUGUUAGCACUCUGUGUUCGGAUUAUUUUCUUCCAGUUUUGCCUGACACUAAUUCUGAUGUUGGUGCUUGGCAGAUCUCGUCUUCUAAUAUCUAUGCAGAUUAUCAUAUUAAAUCUUUACAUACCCGUGAUAGUGCUUCUGUCCAGUGCCAGCAUAAGCUUGACAAUAAUGAAAUGCUGGAAAUUCAAAGAAGACAUUUUGCGGAUAUAACCGAUGAUGAAGCUAAGGUUCAGAGCUUUGCAGCAACCCGUCAGAAGCCUUGUUAUUCUGUUGCAAAGCAAGAGCAUGCUUUUUCUGGGGCAUUGGCUGGUGUAUGUGUUAGCCUUUGUUUACAUCCAGUUGACACGAUUAAGACGGUUAUUCAGUCAUGCCGUGCAGAACAGAGAUCCAUUGUUAACAUUGGUAAAUCAGUUGUUUCUGACAGAGGAUUGCUCGGACUAUAUCGUGGAAUUACUACAAACAUUGCAUGUUCUGCUCCAAUAUCUGCAGUUUAUACUUUCACCUAUGAAUCGAUUAAAGCAGCUUUGGUUCCUUAUCUUCCAAAGGAGUAUUAUUCUUUUGCCCAUUGUGUGGGGGGUGGUGCUGCAAGUAUUGCGACCUCUUUUAUUUUCACUCCUAGUGAACGAAUUAAGCAGCAGAUGCAAGUUGGGUCGCAUUAUCGCAGCUGUUGGGAUGCUUUGGUUGGAAUUAUCAGAAAUGGUGGGUUUACAUCCCUUUAUGCAGGUUGGGGAGCUGUACUGUGCCGAAAUGUUCCACAUUCAAUUAUCAAGUUUUAUACAUAUGAAAGCUUGAAGAAAGUGAUGCCAUCAUUGUCAUCUACUAUUCAACCUAAUGCAUUUCAGGCCUUAUUAUGUGGAGGAUUAGCUGGAUCUACUGCUGCAUUGUUCACAACUCCUUUUGAUGUGAUCAAGACAAGAUUGCAGACACAGCUCCCUGGCUCUAUAAAUCAAUAUGAUAAUGUGUUCCAAGGCCUUUACAAAAUUAGCAAGAGUGAAGGUUUGAAGGGCCUGUACAGGGGAUUGACUCCAAGGUUGAUCAUGUACAUGUCUCAAGGAUCACUGUUCUUUGCCUCUUAUGAAUUUUUCAAGAAAGUGUUUUCUUUGGAAGCAUCCAAUCCCACUGGUUCACACGUUCAUAAAUGUUGAAGACAGAAGAAAUAAAAAACAGAGUUACUGGUGCUUGAACUGAGAUAGAUUGCUGAAGAAAAGGUUAAUGGUGCAUGAAAUGUAUAUUUAAUGCAUGCGGUGGCUUGGCUUGCUGGACCCGAAGAAUGAUUUUGUAUUCAUAUGUUCAAGUGAAUACUAAAUAGUUUUGCUCCAGAAAUUAGAGCUUGAGUUACAGCUUUAAAGGUUAUAAAAAUAUCUGAAAUAUUUUUUCUCUCCGAAAGGUAACCCAAGUAUAUUAAAAAUAGAGGGGUAUUUAUGGUCUGACACAAGGGCAUUUAUAGAAUGACAUAAUGGGCUGAUUUUUUUAGAUAUGAUUUGGGGGUGAGUUAUGCUGGGAUAUGAUCAUUACGGGUGAUUUACACUGUUAUGACGGUGUUGCUUUUUUGGAAUUUUGGGGGAAGAAAUCGGAGCCACCGAUUUCAAGCAGGGAGGAAUCGGUCCCACCGAUUUGUGUGAGGGAGAGGUUGAUGGGUAUGAAAUCGGUGCCACCGAUUACUGGUGCAGGAAGACGUUAGCUAAAAGUGCAGUAAUCGGUGGGACCGAUUACUGGAGGCAGAGAAUUUUAUUUUAAUCCGGGGUGCACCAAUCGGACCCACCGAUUUGGGGGUGCAGCGGUCGGUCCGUCCGAUUUGCCCGUUAGUACAUACAAAAAGCGGAUGGUGGUAUCACAUAAGUCUCAUUUCUUCCUCGCCAGUCUCAGCUAAUGUUCAUCCUCUUCUCUUCUCUUCUCUUCUCUGAUUCUUCUCCUUCAUUUUUGUAAAAAAAAUUUCUGAGGUUGAGAAUAGUUAGUGUUAUGGAUGAUAGAGUUGUAUUGAAGAUUCAUUAUUACGGACAGAUCUUAUUGCAAACAUGAGGGAGUUCAAUUUGUGUGUGAAAAUUCAUUAGAUGUUA